GGAACGUACGGGCAAAUCUCGCUGCUUCUAAAUAAUCUAAACAAAUCCUAUUUUUUUGUACAAUUUCCAUCUUGUAAGUCAAUACACUGCUACCCAAUACACGACAAGUAGGCAAGGCUAAACUCGAACAUCAGCAAAAUGUCUGUAAGUCAGUGCCGUCAGAACUACCACUCUGAGAGUGAAGCGGGCGUCAAUCGCCAAAUCAACAUGGAGCUGUAUGCAUCCUACACGUACCAGUCAAUGUCGUUCUACUUCGACCGUGAUGACGUGGCCCUGCCCGGGUUCUCCAAGUUCUUCAAGAAGUCCUCGGACGAGGAGCGUGAGCACGCCGAGAAACUGAUGAAGUUCCAGAACAAGCGUGGUGGUCGUGUGGUUCUCCAGGACAUCAAGAAACCCGACCGUGAUGAGUGGGGCACAGGCCUGGAGGCCAUGCAGGUGGCGCUGCAGUUGGAGAAGAGCGUGAACCAAUCGCUGCUCGACCUGCACAAGGUCUGCUCCAACCACGAGGAUGCUCAGAUGGCCGACUUCCUGGAGUCUGAGUACCUCGCUGAGCAGGUGGACGCCAUCAAGGAAAUCGGUGACCACAUCACCCAGCUGAAGCGGGUCGGGCCAGGACUCGGAGAGUACAUGUACGACAAGGAAAAUCUGGGCGAGUAAGGUGCCAGCCGCGCCAAAUUGGAUCUCCCCUUGGGCAUUGACAGGAAGACGCGCGGCAUUCUAGAGACAGCCCUUGUGUGAUUUUUGCCAUUUUUGUCAACUUCAUUCUUCUCGGAAAAGAAACAGCUGUCAGGUCUUUAACAAUUUUACUGUAGGAAUUACAAGUCCUGGCUUUCAGUGUUGUAUUUUACCUGUUAACAAAGUACAUGAAGAGGAUUUUUUUUUUUAUUAUUGUACUCUUUAUCUGUGGAAUGCACACAUUGGAAAGUAAUUAUCCAGCUUUACAAAGUCUCCCAUUUUUGCCAAGAUCUUUUGUGCAUUUUUAUUCAUCAUCUCUUAUUGUUGCUGUGAUAUUAUUUGAGUUUUGUAAGCAUUUCCACCAAAGUUACAACUUGUGUUUUAAAAGUUUUUGAGGAACCCAAGGGCUGACCUCCAAAUAAAAAAAAGUUUUCUCUUGAAA